AUGGACUUUGACGUGGGGUCCCGUGCUAGGAAGCUCGCCAAGGAGCAGGAGGCCCGGCGCGAGGCUGCGCGCAAGAAGCUGCAGAAGGAGCGUGAGUGGAAGGAGCAGGCCGAGAAGCUCCGCGUCGAGAUGGAGCUGGAGAGCCAGCGGCGCAAGGCUGAACAGCUCCAGCGCGAGCUCGAAGAAGAAGAGCGCCGCCUCGAGGACGAGCGAGUCACAGGUGGUAUUGCCUACAAGCAGACGCUCCGCGCCGUGGCCAUUGACAACGACGGCGAUAAGAUCACACUUCCCGUCUCCGCGCUCGAAGCACUCAACCCACAGAACGCACUCGACAUGGGCGUGCUCUCCUUUGAGCUCACGCACUUGAGCGCCACGACACACGCGAGCGUCCUCGAGUUUGUCGCCGACGAAGGCACCAUCGGUAUUCCGCCCAAGAUUGCCAAGUCACUCGACCUGCUUACGCACGACAGCGUGGCCAUUGGUGUUCGGUUUGUGCGUCUUGCCCGAGGCCGCUUUGUCCAGCUCCAGCCGCUUGGCGACGGGUUUGGCGACCGGCAGCUCGAUCUCAAGGCAUUGCUCGAGCGCACACUCAAGAACCACACCACCAUCACACAAGGCGACAUCCUCCUCGUCCGGCAAGGCGGUGUGACCUUUGACAUUGCCGUACGUCAAGUGCUGCCCGAGCCACAAGUCCAGAUUCUAAAUGUCGACCUCGAAGUCGACGUCUUGCCGAGCGAAGCCGUUGACGCUGCGAAACGCGCCGCCGAGGAGGCUGCGCUAGCUGCUGCCCACGCCGAAGAACUUCAAAGAGCCAAAGCCGAGUGCUUGCAGGCUCGCCAAGCCGACGCUGGUGGCCGGCUGCCCGACGAGCCGCCGACCGAGAUGCCCCGCACCAAGAUCGUGAUUCGACUUCCGAGUGGCAGCCCCGCGACUCGCUUCUUUGCACCCGACUCGGCGCUCCAGAGCGUGUUUGACCUGGUGAUUGCGGCCACCGGCCUCGAACACUUCCAGCUCGUGGCCAACUACCCUCGGCGUGUGUUUACACUGCUGCAAGCUGGCGACUCGCUCGCGAGCGUGGGUCUCUCGGGCCGGCAAGAAGCGCUCUUCAUCGAAGCCACCGCGCCACCGAGCGACGACGACGCUGCGGAUCAUGUCGUCGACGACGUCGACAUGCUGACAGUUGAUGCGCCAACCGAGACGGCGGCGGCGUGGCGAGUGGCCUUGGACCGAUGGGCAGCAGCACAAGACGCGGCGCUGCAUGCACCAGCCGAUACCGUGCACGGUCUGGAGCCUGUGGCGUCACCAGGAGGUGGCCCGCAUCUCUGGGACUCGCAGCUGGCGGAGCUGGCUGCCAUGGGCUUUACCAACACGGCCCUCAACAUUCAAAUUCUUGAGAAAUACCAAGGACGGCUGUUACGGGUCGUCAACUACCUCUCCGAGCUACACGACUAA